GUCCUUUCUCCUUCGCUUUUUGCUGCUGUCACGCACCGCAGCUCCCGAUACUUAUUCCCGCUUCAAAUACGCCGCCAUGAACAGACAGACGUUUUUUGCAAGCUCCACCGUUGGACGAAAGGGCUUCAGUUCAACGUCUGACGUCCUAAGCGGACACAGAACCUGUGUGGCCUCGGUAGGCCCGCCGGUCGAAAGAUGUAAAGUUGGUGGCUACAGCAGCAGGAGCGUCUGCCACCUGGGUGGAAGCACAAGAAUUGCCGAUGUUGUGGGCUGCCCUAGUGGUGCUGGAUGCUACGGAGGUUAUGGGGAUGGUGGCACAGCUUGGGGCAGUGUUGGUUAUGGCAGCUCUGGAGGUUUUAGCGGCAGGGUAGGUCUUUGCGGACCCAGAGGCUAUGGAACUUUUGGAGGUUAUGCCGAUUGCAGGAGCGAUGGUAUCCGAGGGGUCAGCGUCAACGAGUCCCUCCUGAAGCCGCUCUGCGUGGGAGUUGACCCACAAGAACAUCAGGCACGAGAACACGAGAGGGAGCAGAUGAAGACCCUGAACAACCAAUUUGCCUGCUUCAUUGACAAGGUUCGACACCUGGAGCAGCAGAACAAGGUGCUGGAGACCAAAUGGAACCUCUUGCAGCAGUGUGUUCCUCCAGCCCCACAGAAAAAUCUCGAGCAGUGCUUUGAGAAUUAUAUCUGCAGCCUGAGGAAGCAGCUCGAGGAUUUGUUAAGUGACAAGGAACAACUGACCUGUGAAGAGUCUGCAUCAAGGAAGCUUGUGGAUGAAUUCAAAUGCAAGUACGAAGAGGAAAUCAGCAGGCGCACAGCGGCAGAGACCGAGUUUGUGGUGCUCAAGAAGGAGGCGGAUGGUACCUUGCUGCACAAGGAAGAGCUAGAGGUGAACACGACCUUGUCGAAGCAGAAGCUGGAAUUUCUGAGAUGUGUGUUUGAUGAGGAGAGAGCUCAGAUGGAUGGCCAGUUCUGCGACACGGCAGUUAUUGUGAAAAUGGACAACAGCAGAGACCUGGACACGGACUGCAUAAUCAAGAAUGUUGAAGGCUGGUAUAAAGAGAUUGCUCAGAGGAGCAAAGAAGAAGUUGAUGUUUUGUACCAAACCAGGUUCGAGGAGCUUCAGGACCAAAGGGGCAGAUUCUGUGAGGAUCUAGAGAGAAACAAGCAUGAGAUUGCAGAACUAACCCGUCUGAUCCAGAAGCUGCAGGGUGAGACUGACCACGUAAAGAAACAGAUUGCCUGUCUGCAAACAGCCAUUUGUGAUGCUGAGCAGCGCGGCGAUUGUGCUCUUAAAGAUGCUCGAGGUAAACACAUGGAACUGCAGAACGCUCUCCAGAGGGCCAAGGAUGAGCUGGCAUGCAUGCUGCGUGAUUACCAGGCACUCCUGAACGUCAAGCUGGCCCUGGAUAUCGAGAUCACCACAUACAAGAAACUGCUGGAAGGAGAAGAAAGCAGGAUAUGUUUGGGGACGCCUGUGAGUGUAUCUGUGGUCACCAACUCCUCAAACAUAGCUGGAGACAGUGGUACCGUGGUUGGAGUUGGAAGCGGAUGUGGUUACGGCUCUUUAAGUAGAGGCUACAGCUCUGGGCAUGGAAGAUGCGGCUCCCCAGGUGGGGGUUUCAGCUCCAAAAGUUUAGGAGUCUGCCCCAGAAGUGUAGUCAGCGUUGCAGGUAGCCAAAAAUUCCCUGAAGGUGCAGACUUCUAUCCACCUGGAGGGUUCAGCUCCAGAAGUGGCAGUUGCAUAUCCAGAGGUGUGGUCAGCUCUGUGUGUAGCCACCACCUCCCGGGAGGUGUGCAUUGGUGUCCACCUGGAGGAGUCGUCUCCGGAGGUGGGGGUUACGGUUCUAAAGUCGUAACCAGCUCUGUAGGCACGGGACAAGUCUCUGGAGGUGUAGCCUGCAGCCCAGAUGGAGGAGGGUACAUCACCAGUAGUGGAUAUCCUGGAAAUGGAGUUUGCACUGUUGAAACCGGAGGAUUCAUCAUCCAAUAUUUAGGUAGCUCUCCAGCUGGAGGACCCAGCACUGGAGCUGUAGAUAACUCUGGAGCUGGGCCAUGCCACACUGGAGUUCCGGGAAGUUGUGAAGUGGUGAGAGAAACCGGCAUAGCUCUGUAGGGGGAUGUAACUCUGGAUUUGUAGGCCGCACAGCCAGGAAUACCACAAUCCAAAGCUUAAGCACAAAGUCACCCUUUCCAAAAUGAUAUGAAAUGAAUUCUCAGCCAGCUGACCGCAACACAAAUCACAAAAUCCCUGACCGACUAUAAGCAUUCAUUAGGAUAAGAGAGAUGUCUCAGGGAGGUUCUAUUUUCAGUAGUCUCCUCAUUCUGAAUGUCCAUUCCUUAGACGCCUUGCUAACAGGUGUUUACAGCAGUAUUACUUCCUUCAGCUCAAAGUGUCUUUGUAUUUCAGUGCUGCCUUGAGGCAUUUUCUAUGCUGCAAAACCGCCCUCCCAUGGGCCAAUCAUUUGCGUUGCCCUCUCUCUGGGUUUUCUUGCAACUGGCAGUUUUAUGAAUCAUGCAAUUUGUACAUGGAAACAUACUCUUCCUACAGCACCUUCCAAAGUGAUUCAGAAAGGAGAACAGUGAUUUGACUUUCCCAGAUGGUACUGAGGAGAGAAUUUUUCUCUCUCUGUAAAAUGGGGAACUUAGUUUCUAGAGCUGUUAACGAUGUGUAUUCCAAAAAGGAAAUGUCAAAUUUUAAUCAGAGAAAUCUCCAUGUCCAAGCUCAUUUUUGUUUGCAGUUAAACAACGGGUGUUUAAUUUAGCUUGCUUGCCGCUAAAUACGUGUCAUCCUUAUUUGAUUGUGCACCGAACUGUGCUUUUCCUGGGCUUGAUUUUCAAAAGCCUUCUGCUGUAGAACUGGGUUGAAUAAUUGAUUUUUCAGUUUGGUGGCUGAAGCGAAUAAUC